AUGGUGCAAAAUGCGGACCACAGCCCAGCCCAGCCUGGAAAUGGUGGCUGUGGGCACUGGGGUGGGAUCAUGAGCCGGAGUCUGCUGUGUAAUAUCUGCUGCUUUUUGGGACUGUUGCCCUUUUGGAUACAGUGCGUAUCUUCUGCCAGCAGGUGUGCUGUUCAGCAUGAAGUAGCUGACUGCAGUCACCUGAAGUUGACUCAGAUACCCGAUGACCUCCCGGCAAACAUAACAGUGCUGAAUCUGACCCACAAUCAACUCAGAAAAUUACCACCUGCCAAUCUUACAAGAUACAGUCAACUUACUAUCCUAGAUGCAGGAUUUAACUCCAUCUCAAAACUGGAGCCAGAAUUGUGCCAAAAACUCCCCUUGUUGAAAAUUUUGAACUUCCAACACAAUGAGCUGUCUCAACUUUCUGACAAAACCUUUAUCUUCUGCCAGAAUUUGUCUGAACUCCAUCUUGGAUACAACUUAAUCCAUAAAAUUCAAAAUAAUCCCUUUAAAAACCUGAAGAAUUUAAUCAGAUUAGAUCUAUCUCAUAAUGGCUUAUCAUCUACUAAAUUAGGAACUGAACUCCAACUGGAAAAUCUCCAAGAGCUCCUAUUAUCAAAUAAUAAAAUUCAUGUACUAAGUGGUGAAGAACUUGGUUUCCUUGGCAAUUCUUCUUUAAAAAAAUUAGAGUUGUCUUCAAAUCAAAUUAAAGAGUUCUCUCCAGGGUGUUUUCAUGCAAUUGGAAAAUUGUUUGGUCUCUCUCUAAACAAUGCCCAGCUGGGCCCCAGUCUCACCGAGAACCUUUGUCAGGAACUGUCAAACACAAGCAUCCAGACUCUCUCCCUGAGCGGCACUCAGCUGUACAAAACAAGCAACACGACUUUCGCUGGACUCAAGCAGACAAACCUCACCGUGCUCGAUCUUUCCUAUAAUGGCUUAAAUGCCAUUGGCAAUGACUCCUUUGCGUGGCUUCCACAUCUAGAAUAUCUCUUUCUGGAGUAUAAUAACAUAGUACAUUUGUCUUCUCGCUCCUUCUAUGGGCUUUCCAAUGUGCGAUACCUGAACUUGAGAUGCUCCUUUACGAAACAAAGCAAUUCCCUCUCUUUGUCUCCCAAGAUUGAUGAUUUUUCCUUUCAGUGGCUAACAAGUUUGGAGCAUCUUAACAUGGACAAUAACAACUUGCCAGGCAUAAAAAGCAACAUGUUCGCGGGACUCACACAGCUGCGAUCCUUAAGUCUAGCCAACUCCUUCACCGGUUUGCAAACGUUGACAAAUAAAACAUUUGAAUCACUUGCUCGUUCUCCUUUACUGAUGCUCAACCUGACAAGAAAUAAAAUCUCAAAAAUAGAGAGGGGAGCUUUUUCUUGGUUGGGACACCUAAAGGUACUGGACCUCGGCAUUAAUGACAUCGGGCAGGAACUCACGGGCCAGGAAUGGAGAGGCCUAGAAAACAUUGUUGAAAUCUACCUUUCCUACAACAAAUACCUGCAACUGACAAGCAGCUCUUUUGCCUCGGUCCCAAGCCUUCGACAGCUGAUGCUCCGAAGGGUGGGCCUUAAAAACCUGGAUAGCUCCCCUUCCCCUUUCCGCCCUCUCGCCAAUAUGACCAUCCUCGACCUGAGCAACAACAACAUAGCCAACAUCAACGAUGAGCUGUUGGAGGGUCUGGACAGACUGGAGAUUCUGGAUUUGCAGCAUAACAACUUAGCCCGGCUCUGGAAACAAGCAAACCCUGGCGGUCCUGUGAAUUUUCUGAAGGGUCUUUCUCGCCUCCACAUCCUUAAUUUAGAGUCUAACGGCUUUGAUGAGAUCCCGGCAGAGGCCUUCAAGGACUUGCUUCAGUUAAAGAGCAUCAGUUUAGGGUUGAAUAAUUUGAAUGUACUUCCACCGUCCAUCUUCGACAAGCAGGCAUCUCUAAAGUCGUUGAGCCUUCAGAAGAACCUCAUCACGUCAGUUGAGAAGGCUGUUUUCGGGCCGGCUUUCAGGAACCUGAGUAAUUUAGACAUGCGCUUUAAUCCGUUCGACUGCACGUGUGAGAGCAUUGCCUGGUUUGUUACCUGGCUCAAUGCUACCCACACCAAUAUCUCUGAGCUCUCAAGCCACUAUCUCUGCAAUACCCCGCCACAAUACCAUGGUUUCCCAGUGAUGCUUUUUGAUAUAUCACCCUGCAAAGACAGUGCCCCCUUCAAGUUCCUCUUUAUAGUAAAUACCAGCAUCCUGUUGAGUUUUAUCUUUAUUGUACUGUGCAUCCAUUUCGAAGGCUGGAGGAUAUCCUUCUACUGGAAUGUUUUAGUGCAUCGCGCUCUCGGUUUCAAAGAAAUGGAUAGACAGCCAGAGCAGUUUGACUAUGUGGCGUAUAUAAUUCACGCCUAUGAAGAUAGGGACUGGGUCUGGGAGAACUUCUCCCCGAUGGAAGAGCAAGAUCAAACUCUCAGAUUUUGUCUGGAAGAAAGGGACUUUCAGGCAGGUGUCCUUGAACUUGAAGCAAUUGUGAAUAGCAUCAAAAGGAGCAGGAAAACCAUUUUUGUUAUAACACAGCAUCUACUGAAAGACCCAUUAUGCAAAAGAUUCAAGGUGCAACAAGCAGUUCAGAAAGCUAUUGAACAAAACCUGGAUUCCAUUAUCUUGAUCUUUCUUGAGGAGAUUCCAGAUUAUAAACUGAACCACGCACUCUGCUUGCGAAGAGGAAUGUUUAAAUCUCACUGCAUUUUGAACUGGCCAGUUCAGAAAGAACGGAAAAAUGCCUUCCAUCAUAAAUUGCAAGUAGCACUUGGGUCCAGAAAUUCAGUACAUUAG